GGACUCGGAGGACGAAAGGCAAGCUGCCGGGGAGGGCUGGACGGAGGUCCUGGUUUUAGGAGGGAUUGCAUCACCUGGCAGGCGCGACCAGAGGGGGACCGGCAUAGGGAUCUGGCUCAGCGAGGGUGGGAAAGGGCAGGAGGCCAGGCUCUCUGGGGGGCGGUUCCCGAAGGGACCCUGGAAGGGUCCGGGUGCCCCGAUUCCGCCGCUCCGCUCGCCGUGGGUGCAGGCUGAGGAACAGCGGGCGGAGGGGAAGAUGUCAAGUCGGGUUCUACCCUGAACUGAGGGCAGAAAAGAACAGGUUGUGUCAGACCGAGACCCGAUCUGCAGGGUCCAGGCAGACACUCCCGGUGUGUUGAUGUGCGGAGGUGGGGGCGGGGGAGAUGCCUUUCCCUAUUGUUUCUGAGACGGGUUAUACUGCGGAGCGGAGAACCCGGUGCAGUACACCCCAGUCCUUUGACCCUGAUUUCAGAUCCCUCGCUUUGCUCUUCAGUUGCAGGUUCCGAUCUUUGGGUUCCUCCAGGAGCUGCUCUCCUGCCCCUGCUUCUGGACCUAUGGAUUCUCCGUCUAGCGUUUCUUCCUAUUCCUCCUCCUCUCUCUCUUCCUCUUUUUCCACCCCCUCAGUGAACAGUGACUUUGGCUUUCCCUCCGACAGUGAGAGGGAGGACAAGGGGCCCCAUGGGCCCAGGCCAGACACUGUUGGGCCCAGGGGAGUUGCUCGACCCAGCCCAGGUCCUAUCCGCUGCAAGCAUCGACCCAAGGUUUCCAGUAACCAGCAUACAGCAUCUCAUCCCGAGCAGCGGGGCUUGGCUUCUCCCCCGGCAGGAUCUGGUGGCAAAAGGUCAAGAGAUGGUGAAUCGGAGGCCAGUCUAAACAUCCAGGGUUGCACCACGGAGGGAGACGUGCUCUUUGCUCAGAAGUGUAAAGAGCUCCAAGGAUUUAUACGCCCCCUCACAGACCUACUCAACGGGCUGAAGAUGGGUCGCUUUGAGAGAGGAUUGAGCAGUUUCCAGCAGAGCGUGGCAAUGGACAGGAUCCAGCGUAUCGUAGGUGUUUUACAGAAGCCACAGAUGGGGGAGCGUUAUCUAGGAACCCUGCUUCAAGUAGAAGGAAUGUUAAAGACUUGGUUUCCUCAUAUAGCUGCGCGGAACUCAUCACUGGGUGGAAGCAGGCAUCAGCUAACCAAGCAUCUGUCAAGCCUUCACAGUGACUCAGCUGCUUCCUCUCCUGCACCUCCAGUGGAAAAGAUGGGCCACACGCAGCUAGAACAUCUGGUUUUGAAACAGCCUUGGCACCUCACAGAAUGGCCAGCUAUGAACCUCACCUGGAUCCACACCACUCCCAUCUGCAACCCCCCUCUAAGUUCCCCAGGUACCAUCUCCUUUAGCCAUGGUCCUUUAGGCACUGGAACCAGCAUUGGUGUCAUUCUUUUGCUCCAGCAUGGAGUGCAGCCCUUCACCCACUCUGCCCCAGCCACUCCAGUUCCAUCUACUAUAGCAUCUCCUGCCAACCCUGGUGAGGCUAAGAACCUAUCUGGAGAGGGGCCUCGUUGUCACAGUUUGCCAGUAACUCUGUCAUCAGACUGGGGCUGUACCCCCUCCUCUCCUGGUCUACCCAGCGUGGCCAAAGAGACAACCAUAGGACACUCAGAGCAGCCGAUGGGAAGCCAUCCUCCAGUUGUUCCUGAUUCCUGUCUCAACCCCUAACACAGGGCAUGCAACCAGCCUCUAGAAUUUCUACUUUUUGUAAAUAUAUGUAUCUAUGUUUUUUACUUUUAAUGUGUGAUUUGUGUUAA